CGCGAUUCUGAGGUGCUUGCGCGGAUCCAGGACAGCUUUCACACCAUGGUCAAGGCACGCGCCACGGAAGGACUGCCGUCGAUCGAGAUUAGUUGCUUCUACGAGGAACUGCCUUUGCCGGGAGUUGGUUUAGUUGUGCCACAAGAUUCAGCGAUUCUACCUGGGUAUGUUCCCAUCGGAAUCCACAGCGACAAUAUGGGUAUGACCAAGUUCGCCAGUACGAAUGAUCCUGGGCUUGUGGUUGUUUGUGGAGAGCUGCAACGGUGGCUCAGAGACGCAGACGCAGCCGAGAGACGCCAUGCGAAUCCACCACUCUCGAGCAACCCCAAUGGUGCCAACCAGUACGGCGACUGGAAUCGCCAGUAUAACAAUUUCGGGGCAGGCACGCAGAAAAACCUCGAGACCCUCGUACCGCCGACCUCCGAAUACCAGAGCGCCGCUCUCUACGGCCCCAGCGGCUCCGGGAAAACCCAGGUGGCGCUCGAAUAUGCCUACCGCCGAUGCCGCGAUCCCGCUUGCUCCGUCUUCUGGGUCCAGGCCGCUAACGAGACAACGUUCACGCAGGAUUACAAGACCAUUGCGAGGAGGUUAGGCGUUGCGGAUGAUCUAGAUGGCGAAAAGUUGCUUAUGGCCGUUCGCGAGCGCAUCGAAAGCGGGCCGCGAUGGCUGCUCGUCCUUGACAACGCCGACGACCUAGCGCUAUUUGGCAUCGCCGCCCGGACGUCCCCCGGCGCAUCGCGUAGCCAGGGUGAGGAAUCGGUAGAGGAAGUGGCGAGCUUAUACGAUUACGUGCCGCGAGGUACUACCGGGACGGUGUUGUGGACGACGGAGAUUGGCUCCUCGGCCGAGACCAAAUCGAAGGAUUAUCGACAGCACUGAAGGGCUUGAAUACACAUGGGAGGACAUGGAUCACUUCGUCCCUUCUGAACAUGUCGGAUCUUGAGGUGGCCAGAUGGGUAGCACGUUCAGAGUGGAACGAAACAAAAAAGUAUCACCCAGGCUGGGUUGCGAUCAACGAAAGUAAGAAUAGGUCCAAUUCCGCUUCCCUGUGGUAACCUCACCGCCGCCACUGGACUGCAGCGACAGGAGCCCAGGCGGGUGGGAAAAAAGACGGUACGGACAGACUGAAUACAGAAGAUAGUAGAGGUCUCCGGACAUGCAGAAUCUAGCUAGAGUUGGAGUUAUCGGCGCAUGACCAAGCAGUCGUCCCUCCAUCAGCGUUAUACGAAUCAAUGAUACCAACAAUGGCGCCAUAGGUACCAGCAAUCAUCAGGAAAGUACCAGAAACAAUGACAAAGAUACUCCAGCCGACCAUCAGACGCCAGCGCAUAGUAGGGUUCUCCUUACCGCGAC